ACCGGAAUUAACCUAACCUCUCAAUUCAAUAGCUAUCGUUUAUUGCGAGAGGUUAAUUCAAGCCACAUUUGUAAAGAUUUGACAUAAAAUAUCUUAGCGAAGCUGUGAUAAAAAUAUGGAAAGCUGUACGGUACAGUUGGACGAAGAAACAGGAAAAUUUAUAACAUUACACUUGUUUAUUAACGUUGAAAACACUGAAGAAAUACGUAAGAAGUUAAUCAGCGGAGAACUUCAGUGCUGCGUUAUGAAAGCCGGGCUCAUUGUCGACCCGUUUCAAGUUAUCGUCGCAGCAAACAAGGCCGUAGUUAAUGAGAAAUUUGGCAAAUUAACUACGAGAACAAUAUUUACAGAAAUUUUGUUCAACUUGUCAUUGUCGAAGAAUAUAACUCAGUCCUUGACGAAGUUUGGCAUUGACGAUAAGGAGAAAAACAUUAUUGUAGGAAUUAUUCAUGGAUCGGAUGAUGCAGAGGCUUUGGCAAAGGAUUCACUGACUGCGAUCAAAGGCGAGAGAGUUUCUAUCGGAAGGCUGAACGAAAUAACUGACACAUCAGUUGUUAAAAAAAUAUAUAAAAUCGAUGAAUCUGAACUGAAAGUUUCUAGCUUAGUCGACUGCGUUGUGAGCAGAAUGAACACUAAAGACUUUGCUUCUUACUGAUAAUGAAAUUAAUUUAUUUGUGCAUUGUAACUAUACGAAUAAGACAAUAUUUUUCUAUCAUUCCUCAUGUGACUUAUAAACAUUCACUUCUUUUUGAUCAUGUUGAAAAUAAUUCUCUAUUUACCACUGAAAUUGAAAACUCUACUCGUUACCCUUCUUUUUUUCUUCAUUAACAAAUUGAAAAAAUAGCCGACUUAUCAUUUCAUAGCAAUAGAUCGUGUAACAUGAUCGAAUUUUAUUUGGCAACUAUUUACAAAGGCGUUAUUAUAAUAUGUUGGGUAAUGUGUGCUGUGUACCUAAACAAUGAUUGUUCUGAUUAUUGUUAUCGUUAACUGUAUCAUAAGACGUCCGAUAAACUUGAUGCACUAAUCAUAUAUGUAUAUUUAUAGCAAUGCUUUACAUAAUUACAAACCUUUUACAUUUAGCUGAGAGCAAGAAUAACGAUUACAUACUUCUUAGGAUUACGCAGUUGUCACUUUGUGAAAAUAUAAUCGCAACGUAUGACUCUUAUUUACAUGUUAGAUAACCAGUUCUCAACCGGACUGAUGCGAACAUAAAUCAAUGUUCACAACCAGUUUCUUUUUAUUAAGUAUAAUAGUUUAUAAGUAAAAGUAAGCUUUAAAAUAUAUGUGUAAUGUAUACCGUUAUACAUUCUACACAUAUGCUUAGGGAAAUAAUCAAUAUUGCGUUUUGCAGUAAAUACCCUGCGUGUAGCGUCUUAAAUUGUAGUUUGAUAACCAUGAAUAUUAUUGUUUGUUAAUAAAUAUGAUACACAGAUCCAUGCUUUGCAAUAGCGGAAAGAUCAGCAAACAUGUACACAGUGUAUGAUAAUACAAGGAUCUUAAGCAUGUCGGCA